AUGGAUCCGGCAUCCCCAGCACCAACAAAUCACAGCGUCGAGCCCACCACGCCCUCCGAACGCUCCCCCGGAAUCUCCAUCGCAAUCAUCGGCGCCGGCCUAAUCGGAAGCAUCCUCUCCCUCGGCCUUCUCCGCCGCAAGUUAGGGACCGUCACAAUCUACGAACAAUCGCAAGGUCCCCGCGAAACCGGCGCCGGAAUCGCCUUUACAGCCAACGCACGCGAAUGUCUCACGCGCAUCGACCCGCGGCUAUCCGACUGCGUAACGGCCGUCGCGACAGUGAAUGGGGAGGAUGUCGCAAGGCCGAAUUGGAAUAUGCAGUUUGUGGACGGGUAUACGCAUGAUCCUGUGCUGCAUCGGGGGGCAGGGGAGGAUAUGGAGACCAAAAAGGUUUGGAGGCUUUGGGCCGGGGAGAGGGGGUUUGAGGGGUGUCAUCGGAGGGAGUUUCUGGAGGGGGUUUUGCGGUUGGUUCCGGAGGGGAUUGUGAGGUUUGGGAAGAGGUUGAGGGGGUAUGAGCUUCCUGAGAAGGGGGAUAGGGAGGGGACGAUCCGGUUGGUCUUUGAUGAUGGGGAGGUUGAUGAGGCGGAUAUUGUAAUCGGCUGCGACGGCAUCAAAUCCCGCGUCCGGCAACUCCUCUUCGGCUCCAACAACCCCGUCUCGUAUGCGCACUACACGCACAAAGUCGCCUACCGCGGCCUGAUCCCAAUGACCAUCGCAGUCUCCCGACUGGGGCGGUACCGCGCGCUAAACCAGCACAUGUACGGCGGUCCCGGCGCGCACGUCCUCCACUUCCCCGUCGCGGGCCAAAGGCUCAUGAACGUCGUCGCGUUCGUCGAUGAUCCCGAGGAAUGGCCGCUCGACAAGUCCAUGACGCAGCCGGCAAGUCCGGGGGAGCUGCAGGGUGCGUUUCGAGAGUGGGGGCCUACAGUCCGAGCCAUUGUAGAGAUGUUGACGGAGAGCGAGGGGCUGGAUAAGUGGGCUGUUUUUGAUAUGUAUGAUUUCCCCGCGGACACGUAUUCGGAUGGGCUGGUGUGUCUUGCGGGGGAUGCGGCCCAUGCGAGUGCCCCUCAUCAUGGGGCUGGGGCUGGGAUUGGGGUUGAGGAUGCGCUUGCGCUGUGUGUUGUGCUUGAGCGGGCGGUUGAAGAGAUGAAGCCCCAAAAAGCGGACUGUAAAGCGGAAGUGUUGGAGCGCGCGUUGAGGGUGUAUUCGGAUGUCAGGCUGGAGCGGUCGCAGUGGCUCGUCCAGAGUAGUCGCGAGGUGUGUGAUGUGUAUGAGUGGAUCAGCGAGUGUGGGCGGGAUAUGGACAAGGGAUUCGAGCAUGUCAAGGCGAGGUCGCAUAAGAUUUGGUAUUUUGAUAUCGACGGGAUGAUUGCGCAGCUGAACAAGGCAUUAGUUGGGCGUGACUGA